AUGCGAAACUUGGCCCUAUCGACUCUAGACCGGGUCUCCCUCACAGAGCGAGAUUUAUCAGGAGAGCCGUCCGGCGUCACCUGCCUCGCCGUAGAUCUCGACCAAAACGCCCUGUUCGUGACUACAGAGAGCCAUGACACCACAAAUGAUGCAGAUGUACAUGUGAGCAUCUGUAAAAUUACCCAUGAGGAGGAGCAGGAGCGGAUCUCUCUAGUCACUAGUUUCAGAACACCUACCACUCUUGCCACGAACCCAUGGUCUGCAGACUCAGCGAGGAAGGAUUCUCAUAUCCGCGAACACCCUCCCGAGGUGCUCUCGCUCCAUGUCGCAACGGACUCCCAUUCACUUGUCGUGAUCACUCGAGCAGGCGAUAUCACGACAAUUUCCUUAGACGAAAAUCAGUCUACGGCCGAGGUUGUCGGCUCCGUUGAUGGUGGCGUCAUGGGUGCAGCAUGGAGCCCAGACGAUACUCUCCUUGUCCUCGUAACAGGCGAAGAUAAAUUACUGGUCAUGACGUCUACGUUCGAUGUACUAUCUGAAGGGCCGCUGCAUCCUACAGAGUUCGGCGAAGAUGCCCCGAUAAACGUCGGAUGGGGCGCAAAGCACACCCAGUUCCACGGCUCUUUGGGAAAAGCCGCCGCAACAUCCUCCAUUCCUCCAACAGCGAUCGGCGCAAGUCCUGACGACGACGGUCACGUACGCAUCAGCUGGCGAGGUGACGGUGCGUACUUCUCUGUCAGCGUGCUCGAGGGCGCGAACGAGACACGGCCGCAUCGCAAAAUCCGAGUAUACUCCCGUGAAGCGGCAUUACAGAGCACAGCGGAGCCCGUGCCGGGACUAGAGCAUGGGCUGUCUUGGCGCCCAUCAGGCAACCUCAUCGUGGGCACACAGCGAUUUGGUAACAUUCCGGGACAAACGAGCGCAGCUCAAAAUCUCGAUGUGGGAUCUGGAUUGGGACCUGGACGCGAGGGCAGACAUGAUGUCGUGUUCUUCGAACGCAAUGGUCUGCGCCACGGGGAGUUUACCCUGCGGGAGUGGACGCCUGAGGGCCAGACCACCAGCGAGCGAUUGAAGUGGGGAUAUCGUGUUCGCGAGGUCGGAUGGAGCUCUGACUCGAAUGUUCUGAGUGUAUGGAUUGAGCAGGAAGACGGCGAUGUCGUGCAAUUGUGGACCACCGGGAACUAUCACUGGUAUCUGAAACAGGAGAUAACCGCCCCCGGUCAAGACGGUACACCUGGCCGCUUCACCACCGUUCAAUGGCAUCCAGAGGACGCUCUCCGACUUAUCCUCACCACAUCGAGCGAAAUAAUUCAGCGGACGUACGCUUGGGACAUCAUCAGUUCUCCGAGCAAGCCUCCAGUCGACUCGGGCACCGUUGCAGUAGUGGACGGUGCAAGCCUUCUUCUAACACCGUUCCGCACGCAGAACGUGCCUCCUCCCAUGUCUGCCCACUCGCUCUCUCUGAGGCUACCUACCUCAUCUCUCCCUGGCAUAUUGAAGCGAUCUCCGACCCCGAUCCACGCGGCCUUCGCGUCUUCGAGAGAUCUACUCGCAGUGCUCUGGGAACCAGGUGUUUUAGAAGUAUAUGAUCUCAAGACCCGUCUAGGUGCUGGCCGCGGUAAGGUCAUGGAUCCCGUCUCUGUAUGGGCUGGCCCGGUCCGAGAAGAUGGAUCAUCGAAUAGUCACCGCCAGGUCGUGUUCGAUCACAGCGCGGACUCGAAGACCGCGGUCCGCCUGGCUGUUCUCGGAUCCGGCUCUGCCAGCGACGUUGUGACCAUCCUUGAACUCCAGAGCAGCGAAUCGAGGACAGCAGAGGUCCUUCUUCCUACUCAUAACGGAAGACUGGUCGCUGGCCAGGGUAUCUUCUGGGAAGCACCUGACGGACAGCUACACGAAGUCGACGCUGAGAACAAUGAUCCCGUCGAGGUUGCUCAGUUCCCCGAAUUUUGCUUUUGGACUGCGCAUGCAUUGGUCACGGAUGACACGAGCGAGGGGGGAACGACGACCACCCCCCUGUACAUCGGGCUGUCGCAUGCUGGCAAACUGCACGUUACCGAUGGUCAAGCUACCCGCGCACUCGCUUCGAACGUCAACUCCUUCACGACCACGUCUGGGUUUCUCAUUUACACCACCACCGCCCACCUCGCUCACUUUGCGCCUCUGAGGGAAUUGAUGUCUGCCUUGAAGACUGCGGAUGUUCCCCUUCCGGAGUCCGAGACGAGGAGAGUGGAGCGAGGCUCAAGGAUCGUUACUGCUGUCCCGAGCACGAUGAGCCUUGUGUUGCAAAUGCCGAGAGGGAACUUGGAGACCAUAAACCCGAGACCGCUGGUCAUGGAGAUUGUUCGCCAGGACAUUGACAGCGGGAAUUACGCAAAGGCGUUCACCGCGUGUCGGAAGCAUCGCGUCGACCUGAAUGUCUUUGUAGAGCACAAUCGCGAGGUCUUCAUCAAAGGCAUCCCAUCCUUUGUCGAACAGGUCUCUGAUGUUGACUACGUCAACCUCUUCCUUACAAGUCUAAGUCAGGGCAACCUCCCACCGGAGCUUAUUUCCCGGAUAUGUGACGAGAUCCGGGUAGAGUUGGAGCGCAGGGACCUCAAGGAAUAUGUCAACUCCAUAUUGACGGCCCAUGUCGUCAAGAGACCGCCAGACCAUGAGGCGGGCCUGGCAUUAUUACUUCGGUUGAAGGAGUCUGAACCAAAUCUCGUCGAGGACGCUGUCAAAUAUAUCAUCUUCCUGGUCGAUGCAGACAGGCUGUUUGACACUGCUCUUGGAAUGUACGACUUCUCACUAGUCCUCAUGGUAGCACAGCAUGCACAGAAGGACCCAAGAGAGUACCUGCCUUUCCUAAGGGAGCUGCGUGCUUUGGAUCACUACUACCAACGCUUCAGGAUCGAUGACCAUCUGAAGCGGUAUGAAAAGGCCUUGACGAACCUCAGUCUCGCCGGUCCUGCGCGAUUCGAAGAGGCUAUGGCCUAUGUUGAGAAGCACCGUCUGUAUGACCAUGCUCUCCUAACCUGGCGAGGCACAGAAAGAUACGAGUCGGUCUUGGACAUCUACGGCGACUGGCUUUUCGAGCGUCGAGAUUUCCGUGAGGCUGCAUUUGUUUUCCGACAGGCGAACAAGCCCCAGAAAGCGAUGAUCUCGCAUGAGAAGGCGCUCGAUUGGCAAGAGUUGUUCGAGCUUGCUGUGCAGCAAGAAUUGUCUCUCGAAGACCUCAAGAACACUGCCUAUCGUGUAGCGGAUGACCUUAUUUCCAAGAAGAGGACAUCGGAAGCGGCACUCGUCUUAUUGGAUUACGCGAAGGAUGUACGUGAGGCCACGAUUGCACUCAUCGAGGGCAGCCAUUUCUCGGAAGCUCGUCGCGUUAUUGUCCUGCAUCGCCGACCGGAGCUCCUUGAAGAGAUCAUCCAUCCAGGAUCGUUGGAGUGUCGCUCCCGCAUCGCCGAAGAAUUAGGGGAGAUGAGAGAUCAGCUUCGCAAGCAACUCAACAGAGUGCGAGAGCUCCGAGUACGCAAAAUCGAAGAACCGGAUGCGUUUUAUGGAGUCGAGGACACAGAUCUGCACAACGUGGAUGUCAUGACAGAUAUCUCGAUGGCACCCACGACUUUCACGCGAUACACGGUGGCUCCGUCAGCAGUUUCAAAGGCGUCUUCGAAGCGAAGUUCACGCUCAAAGAGAAAGCUCGAGCGGAAGGUCGGCUCAGGAAGGAAAGGCACAGUCGACGAGGAGGAGUACCUCCUCAAAUCAGUUUCUAAGCUCGUCACCCGCUUCAACACCACACAAGCCGACAGCACUAGCCUUCUCCCGCACCUACUUCAAUUCACAGAGGAACAUCGCACUGAGGCCGCUUCACUCCAAAAGGAGUUAGAAGAGUUUGCUGUGGAACUGACCGAAGCCGUGGACGAGAUUUGGAAGAAAGCAGCCGAGAACCAGGAAGGCGGUGAGGGCGCCAACCCGUCUGCAGAUAGCUGGGCCGCACGCAUGGAAGCACAUGAGAAGCGCAAGCACACCAAUCCUGGGGACACCGUACCCAAACCCGAUUUAGCGAAGCAGGAAUGGAAGCUGAAGCUACUGGACGUGCGCUAG